CACACACACACACACACACAGAGAGGCGCUCUCUUCACAGUCCAUCACGUCGUCCAAUCAGGAGCCAGCUGCUCUAACGACCCCACUAACAGAACUAACGAACCGCAGCAGGAACCGUCACAGCGGGUCAGAAGCGGAACAAACAUGGAGGAAAAGUUGUCGGACUCUUCGGAGGAUUCACAUCUUUAACUUUUCUUCCCCGUCUUGGAUGACGAAGCUUCAAACGUCUGCAUUUCUGGAUAAUUGGAUCAGAUAUCUGCUGGUUUAAUUCACUUUUCUGCAGCUUUUUAUUCAGAUUAUUCUCCUCCUGCAGGUCUGUUGUAAAGCUGAAGGAUCGAACUGUUGCAGAAACUUAUUGUUUUGAUGUUUUUGCUCUAAAAUCUUUAAAACUUUGUUGUUUUAACCCUCUGAAGUCUCAGAUUUAGCUUUUUAUUUUACCACUUGACGUCAGUUUUAUCUUUAUCUUUAUUAUCUUUAAGCAUAAAUACAUCUAGUAGUCUGGUGUAGGUUGUUUCUUUUAUCAUCCUCACCAAAAUUAAAAAGAUGAAUCUGCAGUUUUGACACUUUUUGACUUGAUUUGAGUUAAAUUUGGCACAAUCUGCACAUGUUGGUAAUUCAGAGUGUUUGCAAAUGAUCAAAGAGAAAGAAGAUAUAUAAAAAAAGGUUUUACAGACAAACUUCAUUUAGUUUUUUAUGUGCAGCAGAUUGUGUUUGAGUAUCAGAAGUUAUUGUUUAGAUGCUGCAGCAGCUGUGUGUCUUCAGAGGGUUAAACUCUGUCUGUAAGUGGAGAUGAGAAACUGAAGCUGAGCGUCCCGCCGGCUCCGGUUACCUCCGGUUACCUGCUGACGUGACGACGACGACGGGACAAGGUUCACGGGUUUUAUCAGUUCUCUGGAAAUGUGAUGUGUUUGCUCUGAGUGGGCGGGAACCAGGACAGAGGUGAACCAGGUGAGACUCAGCAUAGCGUGACACAGAGAGAGAGAGAGGAGAGAGAGAGGAGAAGAGGAUUAUACAAACUGUUCUGCAGAAGGAUUAAAACAGCUGACGAGCUGUGACGGCGAAUAUUCCCACUCUGCCGCUGAACUCAAACCUCUCACAAGAUGUAAAGAAAACACCUGCUGGGUCUGUCUCACCUGGACCGGGAGAUGAAGCCGAACGUCCUCUCAUCCUAACCUGAGCUGUGUGGUUCUGUUGGGGGGGGCAGACGGGGGGUCAUGUACGUCUGUGCACCCUGGCGGUCCUGACGCUCCACAGUCUCCUCAAGAACCGGAGCCACAAGCUGGUAGAACCGGGAGGAAGCUCGGAGGCUGCGGGGGAGAAACGUCCCGCUGAGGAUGGAGGACGAGGGGAGGAAGUGAGGACCCGCCGGAGAGGACCGAUGAGCUGCAGGGCUGAAGGGAAGAGGAAAGCGGGGGGGGCGGCGGUGGUGGCGGGGUUCGUAACGUCACCGACAGCAGGAAACGAGUCCAGCCGGUCCAGCGGUCCAGCGCUCUGCUCAGCCCGGCGGUCAUGUUCGGAACAAGAAAGACCUGGGACCUCGGCCACGCCCCCUGCCUGCAGGAGCUCUGGAAGAAAGACCUCUCAUUGGACGCGAGCUCAGUGGACUUCCUGAUGAGUGAUGGUGAGGACGACGGCUCCUUCCUGUCUCUGCCCACCGCCGCCUUCUCACAGCGCCCGUCUCUGACCGCGGAGCUGAGCGAAACAAACGCACCCAGCCAGCAGCUGCUCAUCCAGACUCUACAGGACAAAGUGUGUGAGUUUCAGGCUCGUCUCCGCUCUGAAGAAGUCACUCGUCACCUGCUGGUCCAGCAGCUGCAGCAGCAGAGCGGCGCUCAGACGCUGCAGGACGAUCGGCAUUCAGCCAACGGUGUGAGGGUGCUGCAGGCAGGUGAGCAGCCUUCGGUUCGUUUCAGUCGUCCAGAAGAAGAGCAGCUCGUUACUCGGCUGCGCAAACAGGUGGAGGAGCUGGAGGAGAAGCUGUUAGAUCAGACUCAGGAGGUGGAGAGACUUCGCUCUGAGCUGGGGGCGACAGAUCUGGAGAAGCAGCUGGAGCUGCUGGUGGUGGAGAACGAGCGUCUGAAGCAGGAGCUGAAGUCAUGCAAGAGCUCCGAGCUGCAGAACGACGCUGCUGCAGAAAACUGCUGCAGCCACAGCCAGGAUGCCGAGGCCCUGCGGAGGGAGGUCUCCCGCUGGGAGAGCCAGGCCCGGCAGAGGGAGCGGCGGCUGGCUGAGCUGGAGCGAGAGCUGCUGGAGAAGAGCAGCAGAGUGGAAGCUCUGCAGAGACAGCUGGACGAGUCGGCACGGCAACUAGACGAGUCCCGGCUGAGGAGAGGAGACGCGGAGCAGAAACUCAACCUCCGCCUGCAGGAGUGUGAGGACGAGCUCGCCAGACAGGCCGCCAUGCCCCCCCGCCUGAAGUACGUGACUCAGACAGUGCAGGUUGAGUCUGCAGACACUCAGAAAGCUUUGUCGGAGGUUCAGAUGAAGAACGGCGCUCUGCAGGAGCAGCUGGCGGCUCAGAGGCAGCUGCUGAGGGAGCUCGAGACGCAGCUGCACGAGUCGCAGCGGACCUGCGCUCAGCUGAGGACGCAGAUCUUGGUGUACGAAGGCGAGAUGGAGCGAGCUCAGGGUCAGCUGGAGGCCGAGAUGCAGAACCUGGAGGAGGAGAAGAACCGCGUGAUUGAGGAAGCGUUCAUCAGAGCCGAGAGCGAGAUGAAGGCCGUGCACGAGAACCUGGCAGGAGUUCGUAUGAACCUGCUGAGUCUGCAGCCGGCUCUCCGGACGCUCACCUGCGACUACAACUGUCUGAAGAGGCAGGUGCAGGAGUUUCCCUUCAUGCUGGACAAAGCCAUCACAGAGGCCAAGCAGGAGAUCUGUCAGGUGAUCAGCGAGGUGAGCUCCACCAAUCAGGAGCUGCUGAGGAAAUACAAGCGAGAGAUGAACCUGAGGAAGAAAUGUCACAACGAGCUGGUUCGACUCAAAGGUAACAUCCGUGUGUUCUGCCGCGUCCGUCCCGUCAGUCAGGACGAGCAGGACGCCGCCGACAGUAAAACGAUGCUGAGCUUCGACUCGGACGACGACGCCGUGCUCUACCUCUCCAACAAGGGAAAGAUCAUGACCUUCGAACUGGAUAAAGUGUUCGCUCCUCAGGCAACGCAGGAGGAGGUGUUUCAGGAAGUCCAGUCUCUGGUCACUUCCUGUAUCGACGGCUUCAACGUCUGCAUCUUCGCCUACGGACAGACGGGUUCGGGUAAAACCUACACCAUGGAGGGCGUAGUCAACGACCCCGGCAUCAACCAGCGAGCUCUGCGUCUGCUGUUCUCCGAGGUGACGGACAAAGCUCCAGACUGGGAUUAUAAGAUCACCGUCAGCAUGGUGGAGAUCUACAACGAGACCCUGAGGAACCUUUUGGGGGAGAACCCGACAGAUAAACUGGACAUAAAGAUGAACCCUGACGGCAGCGGGCAGCUUUACGUUCCCGGACUGACCGAGUUCACCGUGCAGAGUCCUGAAGAUAUCAACCGGGUGUUUGAGUUGGGUCACAUGAACAGAGCGACCGCCUGCACCAACCUGAACGAACACAGCUCUCGAUCUCACGCUCUGCUCAUCAUCACUGUGUCAGGAUACAACACAGCUACUGGAAACUGCACACAAGGUAAGCUGAACCUGGUGGACCUGGCUGGUUCGGAGCGGAUCGGUAAAUCCGGAGCAGAGGGGAGUCGGCUGAGAGAAGCUCAGUGUAUCAACAAGUCUCUGUCAGCGCUGGGUGAUGUCAUCAACGCUCUGAGGAGUAAACACGCUCACAUCCCGUUCAGGAACUCUCGUCUCACCUACCUGCUGCAGGACUCUCUGAACGGAGACAGCAAGACGCUCAUGAUGGUCCAGGUUUCUCCGUUGCCUAGCAACAUGAGCGAGUCCGUGUGCUCGCUGAAGUUCGCCCAACGCGUUCGCAGCGUGGAGCUGAACGCCUCGUCGUCCUCCAGGAGACACGAGAACUCGUCCACGUCGUCCUCGCCGACACACGACAGCGUCGAGCUGGACUCGCCCCCCGUGACCCCGGUGCCCCUCCCCAUCUCACGGGCCAGCAGCGCCGGCUCCACUCUGUCCUCCGCCUCCAGGACUCCCAGCAGCACCAGAAGGAGAUCCCAGUCCCAGCUGUCCACAGACAGACAGGUAGACAGAGCCAGCCCAUUGGUGGGGGACGGUGGGCAGGACGACUGAAGCUGACGGCCUGAACGACCCGGAGUCGACGCUGAUUGGACGUCCGGGUCUGAGCGCAGGGUGUCAGCCAGCACCCUGCGCCCCCCCCAGCACUCCCAACACCACCCCCCUCUCCACCUGCUGGGACUCCACCUCACCCCCCACCCCCCUCCCCGCUCCUGCUGGAUUUAUUAUGCUCCUCAGCCGCCUAGUAGCAAAGACUGAUGGGAACUUUACGGCCUCUGAUCAGCAGAGAAACGGACUGACGUAUUGAUUUCUGUGUCUUGUUGCCGUGGUGAUUUUACAGCCUGACAGGACUCUAAUGACUCGGAUGACAAAACCACUUAAGAAGCCCCCCCCCUACUAAAAGUUCCCGAGCUCUUCCCGUCUGAACUGUACUGAAACCUUCGCUAAUGUCUCUUUCUAACCCGAACACCCCCGAAAAAUCAGUAUAUGCUUUUUUUUUCCAAUCACAGUAUUUCUUUUAUUGUUUCUUUGUAAAGUUGCACUUUAAACUUCUAGAUUAUUUUCUAACCCACAAUCUGAGAUGUGGUUGAUUAUAAUAUAUGCAUAAUAUGGUUUAUAUAUUUAUGUUUGACAUGCUUUAAUCUUUUUUUUUUUUUUUGUUAAAUUUUGAGAUUUAUCUUUUUGCUGCAGGAUUCAGACGAUGAAGCUCAAUCCUCCUCAUUUUCUCACGGAGGCUGUCUUUACGUUCCUCAAAGUCCUCCUCCUCUAUCCAAUCAGGGUACUCCACUGAUACCGAGCUGUCCAAUAGGACGAGAGCAAUACGCGGCGAUCCUCUCCUGUGUUACAUGAUUGUCUUUUUGUUUUUUUCGUUCCUGUGGAUGUUGGACGAAGCUUCGUGGAACAAAAGAAAAAGAAAAAAAAGAUGCUCAAAUCUUAACUUUCCUCAGCUGUUAAUCUUCGGUGUGCUCCUGCCAGUCCUCACUCCGUCACCUCCGUAUUAAAAUAAAAUAAAUUAAAAAGUAGGAAAACCACAGGUGACCUUUGACCUCAGACAGAGCUUUGACCCGGUGCUGAGCUGCUGACGUGACGCAGGACGAGUAAAAGUGUUUGUCGUAGUCGUAGUUGAAAACAGGAAUGAUUAGAAACACGAUGAGCUGCUGUGUGUCUGCUUGCUUUUUGUCUCCACUGUAGAUUUCUACAGGUUGGCUUUUUUUUUUGUAUUCCCUUUUUAAUAAACACU